AGCACUGAGACCACCGAGCGGCUCCGGUUGUCCGUCCUGAAGUCUCAAGAAUGCAUGGGGGCAAGAGAGGACUGGUGGCCCCGCAGAACACCUUCCUGGAGAACAUAGUCCGGCGCUCCAGCGAAACCAGCUUCCUAUUGGGAAAUGCUCAGAUUGUCCAGUGGCCAGUUGUUUAUAGCAACGAUGGCUUCUGCAAACUGUCCGGAUACCACAGAGCCGAAGUCAUGCACAGGAGCAGCACAUGCAAUUUCAUGUAUGGUGACCUGACUGAUAAGAACACCAUAGACAAAAUCAAAGAAACCUUUGACACCUAUGAGUCCAAUUUCUUUGAGGUGCUGCUGUACGCAAAAAACAGAACACCGAUAUGGCUUUACAUGCAGGUCGCCCCGAUUAGAAACGAAAACAACAAGGUGGUUCUUUUCCUCUGCACCUUCAGAGACAUCACCCUUUUCAAGCAACCGAUCGACGAUGAAUCAACCAGAGGAUGGACAAAGUUUGCCAGACUGACACGAGCAUUGACCACCAACCGUAACCUGGUGCAGCAGUUAGCGCCGCUGAGCAAGGCUGAGGUCAACCACAAACCAUCCAGACUGGCUGAGGUUCUCCAACUGGGAUCAGAUAUUCUCCCUCAGUACAAACAGGAAGCCCCAAAGACCCCUCCCCACAUCAUCCUCCAUUACUGCACCUUCAAGACCACCUGGGACUGGGUCAUCCUCAUCCUCACCUUCUACACCGCCAUCAUGGUGCCCUACAACGUCUCCUUUAAGACCAAGCAAAAUAAUUUAGCUUGGCUGGUGGUGGACAGUGUUGUCGAUGUCAUCUUCCUGAUCGACAUUGUGCUCAACUUUCACACAACCUUUGUGGGCCCAGCUGGAGAGGUUAUUUCAGACGCCAAGCUGAUACGAAUGAAUUACAUGAAGACGUGGUUUGUUAUCGACCUGCUGUCCUGUCUGCCCUACGAUAUUAUCAAUGCCUUUGAGCACGUCGACGAUGAUUUCAUCUCAUCCGCUUCUUCGGGCGGUCAUCUCCGAGACGCCAGCUUUCACAGGAACACAACAAGAACAGAAGACUCCGUCCUCCCAGGUCUCAGCAGCCUCUUCAGCUCCCUGAAGGUGAUCCGCCUGCUGCGUUUAGGCCGAGUUGCCAGGAAGCUGGACCACUACCUGGAGUACGGAGCGGCCGUCCUGGUCCUGCUGGUGUGCGUCUUCGGCCUCGUGGCCCACUGGCUGGCCUGCAUCUGGUACAGCAUCGGCGACUACGAGGUCAUCGAUGAGACCACCAACACCAUAAAGACCGACAGCUGGCUCUAUCAGCUCGCCAUCAACAUCGGGACGCCUUAUCGGUACAACACCAGUGGGACGGGGCAGUGGGAGGGGGGUCCCAAUAAGGACACACUGUACAUCUCGUCUCUCUACUUCACCAUGACGAGCCUCACCACCAUCGGGUUUGGAAACAUCGCUCCAACCACAGACGGGGAGAAGAUUUUCUCUGUGGCAAUGAUGAUGGUGGGAUCGCUGCUUUACGCCACCAUCUUUGGAAAUGUCACCACUAUCUUCCAACAGAUGUACACCAACACAAACCGCUACCACGAGAUGCUCAACAACGUGCGCGACUUCCUCAAGCUUUAUCAGGUUCCUAAAGGUCUGAGUGAGAGGGUCAUGGACUUCAUCGUCUCCACCUGGGCCAUGUCCAAAGGCAUCGACACAGAUAGGGUCCUUUCCAUUUGUCCCAAAGACAUGCGUGCGGACAUCUGCGUCCACCUGAACAGGCAGGUGUUCAACGACCACCCAGCGUUUCGAUUGGCCAGCGACGGCUGCCUGCGCUCUUUAGCCGUGGAGUUUCAGACCACACACUGUGCUCCAGGAGACCUCAUCUUCCACAUCGGAGAGAGCGUAGAUACACUUUGCUUUGUGGUCUCGGGUUCACUUGAAGUCAUCCAGGACGACGAGGUCAUUGCGAUACUUGGUAAGGGUGAUGUAUUCGGAGACGUGUUCUGGAAAGAGACCACAUUAGCCCGUGCUUGUGCAAACGUCCGAGCUCUGACUUACUGUGACCUACAUGUCAUCAGGAGAGAAGCCUUGUUAAGGGUUCUGGAGUUUUACACAGCAUUCGCCAACUCCUUCUCCCGUAACCUCAUUCUCACCUGUAACCUACGAAAACGGGUGAUCUUUAGAAAAAUCGCUGAUGUGAAGCGGGAGCAGGAGCGGCAGAGGAACGAGGUGACGCUGUCCAUUCCUGAAGACCACCCGGUGAGGAAGCUGUUCCAGAGGUUCAGGCAGCAGAGAGACGCUCAGACGCCGGCAGAGUCUCACGGUUACUUUGAGCAUAACUGUGUGCAGGUGGAGCCGCAACACCAUUAUAACACUGACACACACUCUCACACACAACGUGAGCCUCCUCAGCUGCAGGAGUACAGCUCCAAUAAUGUGCCCUGUGCAGGAGGAGGAGGAGGAGGGGGAGGAGGAGGUGCAGGCGGCGGGUGUAGCAUGCCUGCCGCUCCACAGGGCUCACAAGUGUUUAUCCACACUGAAACGUCAACGCAAAGUCAUGCACAAGAGGAGGCCAGAGCAAGGCCUUGUGGGGAGACACCGGUGUACCCGAGCCCUCCUGCAGCCAGAGAUGGAGCAGCAGGAGGUGCUGUCAUCAGAGGAGGCGCUCGAGGGUGGGCGAAGUUUAGGAACGCCACCUCAGCUGCACCAGCACCUCCUGCAGCCGAGCCAGAGAAGCUGCUGCAAAAACCAAACCGAAGCUGGACUGAAGGGUCAAAGGUCGCCGAUCAGUUACCAGCAGCCAAUAAGAACCAGGACUCAGAGGAGAAUGGAGAGACGGGGAGCACAGAAGGAGGCGCCAACACUGGGGAGGCAGGGGAAGAAACCAGCGCGCUUCACAAAACUGACUCCUGCGACAGCGGCAUCACCAAGAGUGACCUGCGCAUCGACAGAGCAGGAGAUUCAAGAAGUUCCUUUGAGAGAAGCCCGAUGGAAAAGAGUCCGAUGGAGAAGAACCCAUUCGAGCCCAGCGAGGUCUCUCUCAAACACUCCUUCGCUCCUUCGCCGGCGUCUGAGCAAACCCUGCUCCAGACGACAUUGCAGGAGGCCAAACUGGAGCUGAAAGGGGACAUCCAGAUACUGAGCGGCCGACUGUCGCUGCUCGAGUCUCAUGUGAGCGAGAUCCUCAGGUUGCUGUCCGUAAAAAGACGACUGUCCCUGCCCCCGACGUCCUCUCCAAAACCAAGAGUCAAACCCCAGGACUCAGUCACCUCAUCCUCUGAACCUGUCGCCCCAAAAGCAGACGAUGACGGGCCAUUUUAAGCCCAGUGACAAAACAGACAAUAUGUAAUUAAACCUCCUGGAUUAUGCACCAGUUUGCAUGUCACACUGGAAUCUGCUCUGCCAAAGAAAGCUCUUGCAUUGUAAACUUGACUGCAUGCAGAAAUCCCUCUCAUGUUACCUUUAAUGGAACUGAUAAAACCAGGGAUUUUUCUAUUACAGCACAGUAAGGUCUUAACUCUGAGUCCUUUUUAUGUUUUAUUUUUUUCUACUAUUUAACUUUUGUUACGGCAUGCUUUAUCCUAAAGAGAAAAAAAAGAUGAGUUUGGAUGUAUUUUAUUUAAAAAGACAGCAGCAAAGUCACAUCAUCAUCAUCAUUAUCAUUUUCAGAAUUUUAAUACGUACAGGAGCAACACUGACAAAUAAACAUCAGGUAACUAAACAUGUGCCUUAUAUUAUUAAAGCAGUUUCUUGUUGCUGUUUAUUUUAAUGACACAUCUUUGGUUUUAUGCUUGUGAAGCAGACGUUUUCUAUCCAAAUCUCAGAAAAAUACUGUAAAUUUGUGUUUUAUAUUUCAUCAUUUCUUUGUAUUUCACUAACUAUGCAUUCCCUUUAUGAACUCUAAACUCUAAACUGAACUUGAGCUUCAUUUCCAUCUGCAUGUAUAAUAUGAAUAGUUGAACAAAAUAAUCACAUCCAUCUAUCUUCAUCUUUUGUGAACUGUUUAUGUCCCUUAAAACAACAUGUGACUAUUUCAGCGGGUGACAGACUUCUUCUAACUUUGCCUCUGGCUCAGGAAUAACUGUUCAGUUUGUUUAUUUGUAAAAAUGUAUAUAAAAAAACCUAAAAGAAUAAUUAAGAGGUAAAAAAAAAAAAAAAAAAAAAAAGGACACUGUGCAGGAGAGAACGGAAGAGUCCUCCUUGAUUUAAAUUGUCAUCAAAAAUCAUACUUAAAAAGAAAAGUUUAUGUUUACAAGUUGCAAUGAAAUCCAUAAUCUAUAACUGUUUGCUUAUUUUUCCAAAUGUUUUUUUUUUUUGUGUGUGUGAAUAAGAAUAAUAUUGUAAUAACUGUAAUGACGGCCUGAGAAGAAUUUUAAUUUGAUAAUGCACAAUAUGAAAGUCCUUCAUGUAUCCUGUAGAAUAAGAGUGAAUAUCUUUGUAACAUUUUUUUCAGUUCAUUGAUUCGUACUGUAUAAUUUAAGAAUAAUGCAUAUCAGUUUGUUUUUUUUUGUUUUUUUUUUACAACAGGGGUUAUUUAUUUCACUCCACUAUGCAAAUUUCAACAAACCAUUUCUGCUCUUAAGGAUGCAAACGCUUGUGUUGGUUUAAAUAAGAAUGAUUCAGUACAAAGAUAGUAUAGUGACGGUUUCACUCAAAAAUGUUUUCUAAUUUUCUGUGCAGUUAUUUCAUGGUUGAACUGAAGGACUCGAGCAUGCGACUGUUAGUUGAUUCUAUAUGUUUGUUUGUUUAUUCAUUUAUUUAUUUUAGAUGCAUAAAUGACCUUGCAUGCAUCCAGAAAAUCUGUCAACGGCCAAUUGAAUAAUGAAACCUGAUGCCUGCUCUC